CGCGGGGAUGUGAAUGGCGCGGGGGUUGCUCGGCGGGGCCGACAUGGAGCGGGAGAAGCUGCCGCGGAGGCCUGGCUCGGCGCUGCGAGGGGAGCGGCCCGAAGAGAGCGAGACGGGAGAGGCGGCGGGGCCGUGGCCGGGCUGCGGGAGGAUGCGGCCCUCCUCGUACCGCGCGCUGCGCAGCGCCGUCUCCACCCUGGCGCGCAUCGACGAUUUCUACUGCGAGAAGAUCGGCACCGGCUUCUUCUCCGAGGUGUUCAAGGUGCGGCACCGCCAGUCCGGGCAGAUCAUGGUGCUGAAGAUGAACAAACUGACCAGCAACCGGGGCAACAUGCUGCGGGAGGUGCAGCUAAUGAACCGCCUCUCACACCCUAACAUCCUCAGGUUCAUGGGGGUGUGUGUGCACCAGGGGCAGCUGCACGCGCUGACAGAGUACAUCAAUGGUGGGAACCUGGAGCAGCUGCUGGACAGCCCCGUGCCCCUCUCCUGGUCCACGCGUGUCAAGCUGGCACUCGACAUCGCCCGUGGCCUGCGCUACCUGCACUCCAAAGGCAUCUUCCACCGUGACCUCACCUCCAAGAACUGCCUGGUGCGCUGUGAGGCCAAUGGCUACACGGCUGUGGUGGGUGACUUCGGCUUGGCAGAGAAGAUCCCUACCUACAGUGAGGGCAGCGAGAAGGAGCCACUGGCCGUGGUGGGCUCUCCCUACUGGAUGGCACCUGAGGUUCUACGUGGGGAGAUCUACAAUGAGAAGGCUGAUGUGUUCGCCUACGGCAUCAUCCUGUGUGAGACCAUUGCUCGUGUCCCCGCUGACCCUGACUACCUGCCCCGCACUGAGGAUUUUGGCCUGGACGUCACCACUUUCCGCACCAUGGUGGGAAACGACUGCCCGACAGCCUUUCUCCAGCUGGCGUUUCACUGCUGCAGCAUGGAGCCCAAUUCUCGCCCCUCCUUCCUGGAAAUCACGCAGUGCCUGGAGGGUGUCCUGCAGCACCAGCUGGGCACUGAGGGUGCCAGGACCACCCUCUUCUGCACUGGGGACAGCGUGCCUGCACCCAGCACAGUGUCCGCAUUCAAUGGUAUGUGAGUGUCCCAGGAGUGUGUGUUGCCCAUCAUUUUGGGGGAGAGGAUCUGUGGGACAGCACCCCAUUGCCCUCUGCCCGCAUAGUCCCCACAUUCCACUGGUAACUCCCUCCUGUGCCCCAACCCAGGAGUGGCCAUGAGGGCGGCUGGCUGUGCUGAGCAGUCCCCGCUGCGUGAGCUGGGGACACAGCACCUGCAGCCGGAUCAGCACCUGUCCCGCAGUCACUCUGACGUCUUCCCCCCCAAAUCAUCCAUCUCAGAGCCCUGCAGUGAGGCCAGGACCAAGGAGACGCCACCGCGUGUCAACCCCUUCUCCCAGCGUGAGGACCUGAAGGGGGGCAAGAUCAAGCUCUUUGACAUCCCCAGCAAGUCGGUCAUCUCACUCACAUUUGACCUGCCCCCUCCAAACCCACUGCAGCUUGCCACCCCCAUCACUCCUGAGCCAGCCGUGGAGGUGCAGUGUGACUUCUCAGCACCCACCACCCCAUCCCGCAAGUGCCACUCGCUGCCUGCCUCCCCUGAGCUGCCCCACCGGGGGGGCCUGGCGCUGGGCGUGAGGUCCCCCUCCCGGCCCCCUGCCCCUAAGCAGUGCCGCUGGGACAGCGGAGAGCCGAGAAUCCCAUCCAGCCCCAGGGUGGAGGAGCGGAGAGGCUGCGCUCCCCACCACCCUGAGCCGCCACCGCAGCUCCGCACUCCUGCAUCCACUAGUGGCACCUUCAUCCGCACCUUGGCCUCGGGAAGCAAUCCGUGGCAGCAGGAGCCGCUCAAUGGGCGGCUCCUCAACAGUCACCACCCUGCAGCAGUCAGCAAGCCACUGUCCUGGGGCAGCGGGCUGGAGGAUGGCUUUUCUGAGCUCAGCAUCCCCUGCGCAGCAGCGGCGCUGGAGCGGACGGAGUGUGCGGCCAUGCUGCCUGGGCAUGGCUCCAGCAUGGUGCUGGAGCAGGACGAGGCGCUGCCCUGCCCUAGCUGCUGCUUGGGGCCCUUGAGCUUCACCUCUGUUUGUCACCGGCCAGCACCCAGCCCACCCCGCUACCAGAACCUCAACUGCGAGGCCAAGAGCCUCCUCUGCCACGACCGCCUCCAGAAAGCCCAGGGGUCAGCGGAGCCUGGCCUGAAGCUGCCUGAGGCACAGUCCUAGUGGUGGGGACCCCGCUGGGAGCCUGGGGUGCCCACCACUCCAUCACAGCUCACUCAGCACAUGGAAGCCCUUACUGCCUGGGGGGCUGAAGUGCAAUAACACUGCUGCCCCAGGCGGCAGGGUCAGUUCCCCGCAGGUCUGAAGCCUGUGGGUCUCCCCUGUCCCCAUGGGCUAGCCUUCAGUGGGCUCUCACAGCUCCUCGGACUGAGGACAAGCAGGGCUGAUCAGGGGGUGUGAAGCAGUGUAUGUGAGCAGUGGGGGUCCCAGCUGCCACCCUGCAAGUGUAGGACACCCACCUGGUCCCUGACACGAUGAAACACCGUGGUAUACAGGUGUCCGGGGAGGGGCCAGCACUGGGGGUCUUUGGGCACUGAGCCCCCAGCAAAUGUGUGCUGUCCUGCCUAGCACCAGGGACUCAUCCACAUUGCUCACCCCAAGCUGAGGGCACCCUGCAGCCCCCAGCAUCUCUUGAGUGGCCAGGGGAUAAGGGAGGGACAGGAGUGGGAGCCGGCUUUCCUCCCUCCCGCACAACGCACUGGUGAAUGCAGAACUGUUGUGUUUUUUUUUAUUAUUAAUAAUGAUAAUAGCUAGUAAUAUAUAACCAGCUUAUUUAAGGUGUUCAAUAAAAACUGAAUGUCCCAGCAA